AUGGCGACCACUGCAGCCCUUCAAAAGCUCCAGAACCCCCCCGAGGACUUGGAGCCUACACUUCAAUCCAUCCUCGAUCAGAAGUCACUACGCUGGAUCUUUGUGGGCGGUAAGGGCGGUGUAGGAAAGACCACAACAUCGUGCUCCCUUGCCAUCCAGCUCGCGAAGCAUCGCAAAUCCGUUCUCCUCAUCUCUACAGACCCCGCCCACAACCUGUCCGAUGCGUUCAACCAGAAGUUCGGCAAGGAUGCACGACUCGUCAACGGGUUUGAUAACUUGAGCGCCAUGGAAAUCGACCCCAAUGGUAGUAUACAGGAUCUGCUGGCUGCUGGUGGUGAGGAGGGUCAGGACCCUAUGGCUGGACUCGGUGGCAUGGGGAACAUGAUGCAAGAUCUUGCAUUCAGCAUCCCUGGUGUCGACGAGGCCAUGUCCUUCGCCGAAGUCCUCAAACAAGUCAAGUCCAUGUCCUACGAAACCAUCAUCUUCGACACGGCACCCACCGGUCAUACACUACGUUUCCUACAGUUUCCUACUGUCAUGGAGAAGGCUCUGGGCAAGGUCUCGCAACUUUCUCGCCAGUUCGGACCUAUGCUGAAUGGCUUCCUCGGUGGCGGUGGACGCCUGCCGAACGGUCAAAGCAUGGAUGAGCUUGUUGAAAAGAUGGACGCAUUACAAAAGACCAUUGCUGAGGUCAACGGCCAGUUCAAGGACGCAGACCUGACAACGUUCGUGUGCGUCUGCAUCCCAGAGUUCUUGUCACUCUAUGAGACGGAGCGCAUGAUCCAGGAACUCAACAGCUAUGAGAUCGAUACACAUUCCAUUGUCGUCAACCAGUUAUUGUUUCCUAAGCAGGACAACCCGUGCGAGCAGUGUAACGCGCGUAGAAAGAUGCAGAAGAAGUACCUGGACCAGAUCGAAGAGCUCUACGAUGAGUUCAACGUUGUUAAGAUGCCACUGCUCGUGGAGGAAGUGCGAGGAAAGGAGAAGCUAGAGAACUUCAGUAAGAUGCUAGUUGAGCCUUUUGUGCCUCCGCAGUAA